CUUGCAGAGGAAGCUAUCGGCCCUCAUAGCACACUUCCUCUGAUUUCUUCACUCCGUUUACCAUCUUCCUCUUUUCAUCAGCUUCAGCAACAAAUCGUAACCCAAAAUAAUCCCAAUAACCUUCCAAAACAUCAGUAUUUAUCUCCGCAUCUACAAAUUCCCUUUUGUCGUGUAUUGCAAGAAGGCUGGUCGGAGGGAGUUAUCACCCGACAAACGAGAUGUGAUGCAAACUGGCUGAUACCCACCACCUCUAAUUGAUUGGGGCUUUCUUUGGUUCAAUACUUCAAUUCAUCGUUGUUUACAUGAGGGAGGAGGCCUACAUCAGUUGAAGCCUUACCUCCGAUUAGAAGUCGUCUCCGGAUCCGGUUCAGAUGGUUACCGAUUUCAUAGAUGGUCAUUACAUCGCUACUGCUAUUAUGCUUUUUCUUGCAUCAGGUUUGUUUUUCUUUCUCUAAACCUCCAUUGAUAUUUAAAACCUCUUCUACUUCAUCUUUGGAGGUGUUGUUGGUUUUCUUCGCUUCGUCUCGAUCCUUCUUUCACAACUAUAGGUUCAAUGAAAACAUAAACCCUUUUACGUCCAGGGUAAAAAGAAGUUUCAAAAAAUGGCGGUAUAACAGGGAUGGGGUGGAGACAUCAAUUGGUCAUACCCCAGAUGAGUUUUACAACAAUCUGUUAGAAGGUGUGAGUGGUAUUAGUGAAAUCAAAGUGUUUGAUUGGUCCAAUUAUCCAACUAGAAUUGCUGGAGAAACCAAAACUUUCUCUACAGGUGGAUGGGUGGCACCCAAAAGAGGGUAUUUGGUUAAAGCUGAGGCCAUUAGGAAAGCAUUGCCUCAAGUUUCUAGCAGUAACAAGAGAGAAACGUAA